AUGGAGCUGAUAACUAUUCCAUUCAGCGAGGUGCAGACUGCGCUGCAAGAAGCAAAGGAGGCUUGGGCAGACACAGACAAAUUCAAUACCCACGGCCAUUCGUUCGAAGAUAUUAACGCGCUGGUACCGGAGACACAAGACCUCAAGCAUAUCAAGCCAGGCCUCUUCUCAACAUUAUACCAACAUUGGGUGCCGUUGAUAAUGUCUAGCCAAGGCGCAGAGGAAUGGCACACUUUCGAGCUACCUCGCUACCUGGCCUUUGAGACGACAGAAAUGUAUCAAGUCUGGAUCGCAAGGGCGUCUUCUAGAUCGUCUAUCUUCAAUGGCCUAGUUGAAAUGUUUCCAAAGCAGUCAUCGGCCGGCAUGAAGACCGAAGAACUAUUUGGUCGUCAUCAGAAAUGGUUCCUCCGACUAGACAGCUGCAGUACCAAGGACGGUGAGAACGGCAUGAAACCCAUUACAAGCGUACACGAUCUUAUUAGACAGCUGUGUACUUCUAUGAGAGGAAGACGGGCCAUUUUAGAUACCCUCGAGGACGGCGUGAGCAAGCCUGUGGUUUAUCUCAUUCCGUAUAACGAGCAGAUGGACCCCUCGCGCGAGUUUCGAGUCUUCUGUCCACCACCGGGAAGUGGAAUUGCUGCCAUAUCACAAUAUAGGUGGACAAGCCCGUUUGCAGUCAACAACAUGGAAGAUGCAGUCAGGGUGGCCAAUCGGGUGCGCCUUGACUCCCUGCAGAUUCACAGUAGGAUUAUGGAGACCGCACGCCAGCUGCCAGAUGUGCUUGUACACGAGAUGAUGGAGCGGGAGGGCUUUACCUUUGAUGUUUUGAGCGUGCCUGAUGGAUCAACGCAGCUAGUUGAAAUUAAUCCCUUUGGCGCUAUGAGUGGCUGCGGUAGUUGUUUAUUCCACUGGCUGAGGGACUCGAAGAGUUUGUAUGGAUUGACAAGCAACAUUCCAGUCAAGAUGGUCUUACCGGACAGCCUGCUAGAUGCUAAUACCCACUAG